AUGCGUUAUCUAAUCCUUCUUGCUCUCACGAUCACUACUGCCUUCUCUGCAUCAAUCUCGAAAUCGGUUUAUUCGGAACCUCACCGUGUUGAUAAAAAGGAUUCGAUCGAGCAUGAAAUCAGCGAAGCUUUGAAGGAUAUCAAUGCGUCGAAACACUUGAUUCGCAUGACAAUGCAUGUAAAUGAUACUGACGACGAAAUCCCUGCCAGUUUCUUCCGCGAUGUUGAGAAUGUCUUCAGUGGAAUGUUCGAUGCGAUUCAAAACACCCAUGUGCCGUUCUUCAAUCAUGAAACCGUCUCUCCCAUCAACGAAACGGCCAACCAGACUACUCAAGACUUGUUAACCCGAACUCGCGACGAUCUUAAAGAAGAUAUCCAAAUUCUAAAAUCCCGAAUUACUCAUAUCCGCUCGGACUUCAAUGCGUGGAUGCACUCCAAUGAACAUCAAGAGUUUAGAUCUAUGGUUAUUGGUGGACUGUCCGCUGUCGUUGUACUCGUAGCCUACUUCUUGAUUCGCAAAUGUUGUCGCAGACGCUCUCGCCUCAAUCAUCUUGCUGCUUUCGCCAACGACGGAUUUUCGGGGAAUGGUGACACAGACAGCCUUCUCCCAACGAAGAACAACAAAAGAGGUCGUCACUACCCUUCAAACAGCGAAGAGGACAUCUAA